AUGAUCACCAUGGUUCUGGAAGGAGAUAACCAUACAGUGGCAACACAUUUCAUUCUUCUGGGAUUUCCAACACCGCCAGCCUUUCAGCUGCUCCUCUUCUUUGUUUUCCUGGCAACCUACCUGCUCACCCUUCUGGAGAACUUUCUAAUCAUCCUAGCCGUUCGCAGCGACGGGCAGUUACACAAACCCAUGUACUUCUUCCUGAGCAACCUCUCUUUCCUGGAGAUGUGGUAUGUCACUGUCAUCAGCCCCAGGAUGCUGGGAGACUUCCUCAGCCACAGCAAGACCAUUUCCUUCAAUGGCUGCAUGACUCAACUUUACUUCUUUGUGACCUUUGUCUGCACUGAGUACAUCCUGCUCACCGUCAUGGCCUUUGACCGCUAUGUAGCCAUAUGCAAUCCACUUCGGUACCCCGUCAUCAUGACCAACCAGCUCUGUGGCACACUGGCUGGGGGAUGCUGGUUCUGUGGACUUAUAACUGCCAUGAUUAAGAUGGUUUUCAUAGCUCAACUCCACUACUGCGGCACGCCUCGUAUCAAUCACUACUUUUGUGAUAUUUCUCCCCUUCUCAAUGUCUCCUGUGAGGACUCCUCACGGGCUGAGCUAGUGGACUUCUUCCUGGCCCUCAUGGUCAUUGCUGUUCCCCUUUGCGUAGUGGUAGCAUCUUACACCACCAUUCUCACCACCAUCCUCAGGAUCCCUUCUGCUCAGGGACGCCAAAAGGCAUUUUCCACCUGUGCCUCUCACCUGACAGUUGUAAUUCUCUUCUAUUCCACGACCCUGUUCACUUACGCCCGCCCUAAGCUUAUGUAUGCCUACAGUUCCAACAAGUGGGUGUCUGUGCUCUACACUGUCAUCGUCCCAUUCCUCAACCCCAUUAUUUACUGCCUGAGAAACCGUGAAGUAAAGGCAGCACUCAAGAAGACCAUACUUUGCAAAAGAAGGGGAUCCAGGGAAGAUGGGGCUUGGGUUAAUUAA